AUUCUUAUCUUUUCUUUUCUUCAUGUCACCUCACAACCACGCCGCGAUCUUUUUCUGAUUAUAAAUUGCAUGUAAACUGAAUCAGGAGUUAUUGUAUGCAGAUGACUUGGUUCUCAUAGCAGAGUUGAUGGAAGAAUUAGUUGAAAAGUUUGAGAAGUGGAAGAAAGGACUAGAAGAGAAAGGGCUAAGGGUGAACACAGCAAAGUCUAAAGUCAUGAUUAGUAGCAUUGCAGCCAAGUGUGACCUUGUAGUUGGAAAGUGGCCUUGUGCAGUUCUCAGGAAAGGGGUUGGUAGUAACUCAAUUUUUUGUCAGACUUGCAAGCAUUGGGUACAUAAGAAGUGCAGUAGUAUUAGUGGAAGGUUAAGAGCUGACAUUCAGUUUGUAUGCAAGCGUUGCAAAGGUGAGAUUAUAGAGAAUGAAGUAUUUCCAGCUUUACUGAUGUACAACAGUGGCUCGUUAGAGAUAUUUGAGAAGUGGAAGAAAGGACUAGAAGAGAAAGGGCUAAGGGUGAACACAGCAAAGUCUAAAGUCAUGAUUAGUAGCAUUGCAGCCAAGUGUGACCUUGUAGUUGGAAAGUGGCCUUGUGCAGUUCUCAGGAAAGGGGUUGGUAGUAACUCAAUUUUUUGUCAGACUUGCAAGCAUUGGGUACAUAAGAAGUGCAGUAGUAUUAGUGGAAGGUUAAGAGCUGACAUUCAGUUUGUAUGCAAGCGUUGCAAAGGUGAGAUUAUAGAGAAUGAAGUAUUUCCAGCUUUACUGAUGUACAACAGUGGCUCGUUAGAGAUAGUUGAGAAGUUCUGUUACUUAGGUGAUAUGUUGGGCAGUGAAGGGGGUGUUGGAAGAAGUGUUACUUGCAGGAUAGGUUCUGCUUGGAAAAAGUUCAGAGAGUUACUUCCUUUGAGUCUUGUCAGUUGAGGUAAAAGGUGGGUUGUAUGAGGCCUGUGUUGUAAGAAGUGAUAUGUUGUACGGUAGUGAGCAGUGAAGCAGGAAGAUCUUGACCGUUUAUAAAGAAAUGUAAUGAGAAUGGUUAGGUGGAUGUGUAACGCCAGUCUGAGAGACAGAAAGAGUUCAGAUGAGCUAAGAAUCAGGCUAAGCAUCCGUAGAAUUAAAGAUGUUAUAAAGAUAAGAAGAUUGAAUUGGCUGGGGCUUUGGAAAGAA